AUGAAAUGGUCUUUUGUUCAGAGGCCGAAUCACCUAGCAGUAUCAAGUGUAAAUGGCGAUCAGCAGCACCACCGUGUUGCGCGACGCACUCCCACCAGGCGUCGACAUUCCAGUGUUGGCCCGCUCCAGCUUGCACGUGCUGCCAAGGAGUGCGUUUUUUUUUUUUUCGUACAGUUGCUCCAUUCAAUUGAAGAAUUGCCAAAAUUGUUGUUGGAUAAAUUAGAGCGAUUUCGGGGCAUUUUGAGGAAAUGA